UACUGCUGCUACUGCUACUACUACUACUAUGACCCACGCUAGUACUACCACUACUAUCACCACUACUAUCACCACAUGUAAAUUACAAUACAUUAAUAACUGUUACUACUGGACGUCGCCAUUCUUCGGGAGCAGAAACUACCCCGAUAACUCCAAGUGUUCGCUGGUUGGAAGCCCGAGCCACCAACAACCAUAUGCUGCGUUCUUCCUGGCUUACCCCUUCAACCUUCGCGCUAAUGAUACCGUCACUGUUACCAGGCCUUACAACAGGACUUUGACUUUUUCAUCUGAGACGAACACAUGGCAGCUCUCUUCCCCGAGCUUCAGUUUUAACAUGACUUUCAUCUCAGACGGUCAACACAACAGCAAAGGCUUCAAAAUCGCCAUCUGUCCAAAGAUAACACCCUGUCAUAAGGUAAUCAAUGCCGGUGCUGGAGAAAAAGGCAAAGAGAAAACACCGAAGAGAACGAAAACGGACAAACAAGUGACACUGUGUGAAUGGUGGAUCACUGCUCCAAAGGGCAAACGAAUCAAAGUUAUAUUGGUCAUGAGAAUACACCGGAGUUAUGACUGUGUCCACGACUAUGUGUUACUGAACGACAAAGGAGCGAAAAACUAUCCCAGAGACUCCAGCAGGAUAUACUGUCGUUAUGGCAGAGAAACCUUCACGUCUUCUAGUAAUCAAGUGUAUAUAGCAUACCAGGGCAAGAGAAAUAGGAGUCGAGGCUUGUCUUUCAAAUAUUUCAUUGUGUAAUGUCACAGAACUAACUGGAUCCCUAAUGGAUAACUUGUGGAAGGAAACUGGACCAAUACAUUUUUUUGUAUCUAGAUUCAUUUAUUGAUUUUUUGUUUAAUUUGAUUAUAAAUUUAUCUUAUCCAUAGACUAUUUAUAUACUUAGAAAAUUUAUUGUUGUAAUUAAAUUUCCUCCCUUCUGAAAAAGAAAUGCUACAGAAAUAUAAUGGAAUUUGUCUUUCGAAUAAAUAGUCUACAGCA